AUGUUUUAUGGUCACUAUUGUGGUGCCUGGUUCGUUAAAAUUAUCGAGCCAACAAUCCCAAUUUUGGCAUUAAUGAAUGCUGUCCAGUUUAUCGAUGUGUUAUAUACUCUCUUUGUUCUUUUUCAUAUUGAAGAAGCAAAAAUUAGACCUUCGUUUACGAUUAAAGAGGAAGUAGUCUAUGCACCAUAUUUGCAUUCACUACUUGGUACCAAGGCAGCUUUUUUAUUUUGUUUAUUGGUGCUUUCUCACUGGCUUGAAGAUUUGGUAGUUCAUGACAAAGAUCUGUUGCUAUUCACCUUCGACAAUUCUAAGGAAAAAUACGGAUUUGAUCUUUAUAAAAGUUUUUUAUUAAGCCAAUCAUUAGAAUUCGGCUUAUUAUUUUUUUCAUAUUAUCACUAUCUUAAAAACACCAAAAUUGAUUCUACAAAUCCUGCGAGCUUUUGGGUAAAAUGGGGUUCAAUCGUUGUAGCUGUAGAUUUCGUAAUAAGCCAUUCUACAUCAUAUAUCACACCGCCAA